CUUCAUUUUCACCCCGAGGACGCACUUUCAUUCUCUUCCCUCCUUCUGUUGUCAGCCUUUUUGAUCGCUUGCUUUUGGACCUGCCAUGGUAUAAAUAUAUACCUCUACUCCAAGCGCCUUCCCCCUACAGCACCCACCGCAAUGGCGCCUGCCGUCCCAACGCGGCCGUAUCGCGACUUCAUGACGCCGGCUUUGCACCGUCGGUUCAUGAGCGCCAGUCUCUACACAUACGGGCUCUGUUACCUGAUUGCCAUCUGGAUGGGCAAGUGGGAUAGCUCAGUGCUCUGGUCUUUAAUCCCCUUCAGCUCGGUGGGCAUCCGAUCGCUCCUGCUGUUCAUCCCAGCUCUCUCCAUAUACGUCCUACGUGUCUCCCAGUGGCAUGUCGGACGGCGGAACACCGCAAGGCCCGUUGAAACCUUCCUCACCUUCGCUUUCAGAAAGAACACCCUUGCGACGCUUGCAAUAUACAGCUUUUCCGCCUGGUUCUAUAGUGAGAUAUACAUCUGGUCGCAACCCCGGUCGGCAAGGCUGGAUUUCACAGAUCAUGGCAAGCUGUAUGAGAGGAUCAAGCUGAAUGAGCGGCCGCUGUACCUUCGAUACCUGUUCAUUUUCCUUUCUGUGGUACAGACAGUUAUUCACCUGUGGAACGACUACGACAAUAUCGAGGUUCCCGGUCUAAGACCCAAGCAGGAACGAAAGGACGGCGAAUCAAGUCCUACCGCAAAAGCUAAGGCAAUCCAUGAUCGCCUUCUCCAGAAAUUGUGGCAAAUCGUCCCGCGCGCCUUCGCCACGAUGCUCUCAACAUAUGGUGUUGGCAGUGUGGUCUACUUCCUCGGUCUCCGCUGGGUGCUCUGGCAAUGGCACUAUUGGGGUGCGCGCUUCCUCGUCAGCCUUGCGAAGACCUCGAAGCCCACUGGCCUGCCGCCUUUCUUCACUUUGUCUGCCAUGUUCGUCGCCGAAGGCACCUUGCUUGCAUUGCUUUGGGAGUUCGCGAACUCCACUUUCGAUAUAUACAUCUCCGAGGAGCCGCUAAAGAAAGACAAGCCCAUUACCAGUGAAUCCAAGGACCCUAAUGGUAGUCUUCUGAAUGGUCUGAAGUCGAAGAAGCAACAAGUUAAUAACAUUGCUUUAUGGGAACUCGCAAUGAUAACCGACCGUUUCGACGACCGCCGAAAGAGCAUCUACGGCGAUCUCGACCGAAAGAAGGGACCAACCUGUAAACAGGUCACCGAGCUCUGUCUUGCCGAAAUCAAUCACAUCACAAAGCGCAUCGAAGACGCCUCCCUUGGAGCCCACAAGUCUCACGAGAAUGGCAAACCAACAAGAGCGAGCCCUGUUGAACUCGUAUCCCGCAUCUCCCAGCCGCUUAGACAAGACCAGGUCGCCGCCCCGGAGCCCCUUCCAACAACUCGUAUGGGAAGAAUUGAGUGGAAAACGAGUCAAAUUGCCCGAGCACAUAGUUCUCCCCAAAAUGCCGCCGACUCCAAAGCACGAGAGUACCUGAAGAAAGGCCAGGUCCAGCUUAACGAGGGCGCACGCCAAGCAGAGAGCUUGUGGACAGUCUACAAAACUAAACUGGUUGCUUCCCCACUCGGCUGGCCCUGGAGAAGCUGCGUCCGGCGCCACGCCAACGCUGUCAUCAAUGGCACUCCAUAUUCCCGCCAGUCCGCAAUCAUGAACGCCAUCACUUCGCUCACAAACCUUACAGUUGCAAGCCUAAAGGAAGACGAGUACGGCCAGUUCAACGGACAAGUGCCCGAAAUCAUCCGCACAUUUUCAUUAGCUAUCAAGAAGAUUGAGACAUAUAUGCAAGGACUGGAUGUUCAUUGGACAGACCUGGAUUGUCUCGCGAGGCAAGACACCGAGAGAAAGAAGAUCCCCGAAGUCCAGGCUGUGCUGGAGAGCCUGAAGGAGGGACUGGAGAAGAUCCUUCGAGCUUUCAAUGAGUAUCUGAGUAAUAUGGGAAUGAGCCGGCAGGAAAUUCUGGAAGCGAAGAAGUUGGUGACCCGAGAGACGCCGCACAUGGUUGAGGCGAAUAGGGGUGCAGCUUAGCGAAGGUACCAUGGAUUGGGCAGAAUUUGAGGCGUGUAUAAAUGUGUAAAAGUAGCGAG